AGCUGGAAACUGACGGGAUAUCUAGGAUCGUACAAUGGUUGGGAGAUUGUUCCUCAUCCACAGACCACAGUCUGUCUGCUUCUUCCUGUCACUUCUCCAAGCCGUGGUGUCGGGAGAGUGGAGUGCGGACACACCCGGCAUUGUGACAGCGCAGAAUGGUUUGUGUGCACGGAUUCCAUGUCACUACAGGUACCCGUCGGCUCUGAACAAUCAACCACGGACUGGAAUCUGGUUUAACAGUGAGGGCAAUGAGCCUCGGUCUGUAGCCUUCCACUCCGAUAAUCCCAGUCUAGAAUCAACAAAGUUUCGCAAUCGGACCUGGCUGUCUGGAAAUCUGAGAGACAACGACUGUUCCCUGGUUAUAGGCGACGUCAUGCAGAGAGAUGCAGGUCCGUACUUUUUCAGAGUUGAAUUCGCUGGGAGUGAUCGUUACAACUACCACCCUGUAACACAGCUCCAUGUUAAAGAUUUCACAGAUAAACCCACGAUAUUCCCUGCUGAAAUGGUGGAAGGAAAGCCUGUGAACGUGACCUGCUCCUUCAACACCACGUGCUAUAGAACGGCACCCACCUUAACCUGGGACACCCCGGCUGAUGAACCACCGAAAGCCUCACACAGCGUAACACAGCGGGGUGACACUUUGACACAUACUUCUGUUCUGUCCCUGACCCCAGCGCUCACACACCACGGGAAAAACCUUACCUGCAGAGUCACAUACCCAACGGUCUCAUCGGAGCAGAUCCUCACACUGACAGUGCAAUAUGCGCCGCGGAAUCUCUCAAUCACUUCCCCCAACAACGUGAACAAUUCCGUGGUAAAGGAAGGAAAUUCUGCAGCGUUCCUCUGCUCCAUCCGCAGUAUCCCAGCGUCUAACCUGACGUGGAGACAUCUCAAUGAGACGCUGAACACGACACGUUCCAGCAACGAGCUGUGGAUGAAAAUCCUUGGGGUGACUCGGAAGGACGCAGGGGACUAUCAGUGUGUGGCGAAGAAUGAACACGGGACAGGGGAGGAGUCCGUGACCCUCAUCGUAGAAUAUCCGCCAGAGAUUUCUCGGGAUUCAGGAUGCUCUCGGACACCUGAGAGUGUCACCUGUGUUUGUGCCGCCAGGUGGAACCCAUCCGGAGAGCUCACCUGGCACCUCCCCCUCGCCAACCUCAGCGGGAACCAAACCCACGGCCGUUUCCACACCUGGCAGGUGGAAAGCGGGCAUCUGGUGACUGGCUUCCUGUCCCUGACAGGGGGUGAGGGAGGGGAGAACAUGACGGCCUUGUGUUCAGUCCGAAACCGCCACGGGGAAGCCAUGCUCAUGGUGUAUCUGUCGAAUGGAGGUGAGGAAACCUUCGGGGAACACUGCCCGUUGAUGUGCAGCCCCUUAUUCAUAAGAUCACAACUGAUAGGAGGAGCAUUUAGCCUCAUCAACUCCACAUAAAUUAUUGCUGAUCUAUCUCUCCCUCAUAACCCAAUUCUCCUGCCUUCUCCCCAUAACCUCUGAUACCAGUACUGCAUGCGUGUGUGAGUGAAUGUGUGUGUGUGGGUAUGAGUGUGUGUGAGUGUGCGUGUGUGAGUGUGCGUGUGUGAGUGUGUGGAGGUGUGAUUAUUUGUGUGGGCGUGAGUAUGUUGGAGUGUGGGGAUUUGUGUUAGUGUGUCUGAGUAUGUGUGUAUGUGUGAAUGUGUGCGAGUGAGUGUGUGUGUGAGUGGGUGUAUGAGUGUAUGUGAGUAUGUGUCUGUGAGUGCGUGUGAGUGUGUGCGAGUGAGUGUGUGUGCGAGUGAGUGUGAGUGAGUGUGAGGGUGUGUGAGUGUGCAAUUGCGUGUGGGUGAGUGUGAGUGUGCGUGAGUGUUUUUGUGUGUGUGUGUGUGUGUGUGUGUGUGUGUGUGUGUGUGUGUGUUUGUGCAAUUGCGUGUGUGUGAGUGUGUGAGUGUGUGUGAGUGUGUGAAGGUCCAGAGCUGCGGGAGAGUCGGGGGGAAUUGAUGCCGGACCGGUACCUCUGUAAAAAUACAUGAUUGCCGUAUUUUCUUUACUGUCUUGAUAAUUAUAUUUCAUGAUAAUUAGUGAGUGUAACCAUGCAAUAUUUUGUCAUUAUUAAAAUAGGUAUUUUUUGUUUUAUUGUACUUGUUAUACACUGAUAUGCAGUGAUAGGAUGUACUCGUGUUUGACCCUCUUGGGAAACUAUCUUGCCCCCCCCCCAAGCACAACUUGAAAUGACGUACCGGUUUGACAUCUCCGGCACCUAAAAGAGUAGCACUGCAACACUGGUCUCAACGCGAAAUGUCACUCAUUCCUUCUCUUCAGUUGCUGACUGUCCCGCCGAUUCACUCCAGCAUUUUGUGUUAAUCUUUGCUUUAUAUGGUACAUCUGCAGAUGAUGGUAAACACCAUUGGAGAAAUGGCAAAUUUCCAGUCACUGUCCAGACUCCCAAACCCAGGAAAUCCCUCCCUCGACCUCACCAGAUCCAUCUGAGAAUGGUCCACCUCCCCUCUCCAUUGCAGUGUCCUGGGGACAAUGCUUAUCCCUCAUCUAAUGUGCCUUCAACAGACGAUCUGGGUCAUUGCUGUUUGUGGGACUUGUUGCGCUCUGACUGACCACCACGUGUCCCACAUUACAAUCGGGAACAGUCUACAAAUGGACAACAUUGGUUGGGCAGAACAUUGUGAGAGUGAAAGGGGUUGAUUAGAUGGGAGUCUCUCCACGUGAAUGCAGCCCCCCCCCAAGGAUAGGGCAAUCGCGAAACAGAACGCAGAGGGAAAUGAUUUAAUAGGAACCUGAGGGGCAACAUUUUCACAGAAUGUGUGGUUGGUAUCUGGGAACGAACUGCCGGAGGAUGUAGUUGAAGUUGGUACAAUAACAACAUUUGUAGAGAGAUAUACGGAUAUAACCAUUUAACCAUAUAACAAUUACAGCACGGAAACAGGCCAUCUCGACCCUUUCC